UCAUUACUUGUUACAGUUCUGUUUAAUCGUUCAGGGCACAAGCAUUCGCUUAAUUAGAAAUGAAGACUGCUUUGCAUUUUGUCAUGAUUUUUGGUUUCGUAGCUGCUCUUCAUGCUUCAGCCGUCAAUGAAACCGACAUCCAGGCUCGUGAUAAGCGUGGAUACGCAAGUGGCGGCGGCGGAUACGGAGGUGGCGGUUCUGGGUAUGGCGGAGGAGCUGGUGGAGGAGCGGGCGGAUAUGGAGUAGGUUAUGGUGGUGCUGCUGCCAUUGCACAAGAGGCCGCUAAUGCAGCAAAGGCAGCCCAGAAUGCUCAGGCUGCUGCUGCAUCCCAGGCCGCCCAACAAGCACAGGCUACCCUUGCUGCACAGGCCACUCAAGCAGCUCAGCAGGCCCAGGCUGUUGUAGCAGCCAAACAGGCACAAGCCGCCCAAAUCUCCCAAGCCGCUCAAGCUGCGCAGGCCGCAGCUUUUGCCGAAUCAGCACAAGCCGCUCAAGCUGCUCAGGCCGUCCAGGCUGCCGAAGCCACGAAGGUACAGGCUCUUCAACAGGCACAGGCUUUGGCCGCUGCUGCUAAAGCUGCCCAGUCUCAUGCUGCUCAGGCUGUUGCCUCACUUCAAGCCGCUCAGGCCCAACAAGCUUCCCAAGCUCAGAUGGCCUACCAGGCUCAAGCAAACGCCCAAGCUUUGGCGUACAAACAACAAGCUUCUUUGGCUGAUUUGGCAGCUGCCCAGCAAGCGGCCAACAAGGCUUACUCAGCCGCUCAAGCUGCCCAAGCUACUGCUGUUGGUGGUGGUGGAUCGUACGGUGGAUUUGGCGGUGGAUACGGUGGUGGACACGGUGGAUGCCCGGGUUGUUAAGUUUUCUGAUAACUGGAAAACUAAGCAAUUACAAUGAACGACGUCGUCACACUCCGAGCAUUUGAUCCUGAGCGUCAGCUUCCUGAAAUCGAUUUAAUAGUUAAGCUUUUGUUGGAUUCAAUGUUUGUUGAGUAGUCCGCUAUUGGAGUGCUAUUAGCAAAGAAUUUUUGGAAAUUAUCAAUUGAAAGAUUGUAGAUCAAUCUUUAUGCAAUCCUGUCUUGUUUUUUCAUGAAAAUACACAGAACGAAAGCAUA